UAACAACAAAUACCUGCAAAAACUUAAUAAACACUAAAGCUCUACACUCAAUAUCACAUCAAAAUUGUUCGUUCGUUGUUUCGUUCUUUUGCCGAUUGCCGUUGAACAAUUCUAGAGACACUCUUGGCCGCUGUUGGUUAAACAUCGUUCGGAUACAAACGGAAAACUUAAAUAUUAUUCGUCGUGCACUUGAAUCCGUAGAUAUUCGUUCGUUUUAUCAUCUGUUGGAUUAAAACACAUCUGACGGGCGCAACAAUACAUUAUUCGAAACGGGCAUUUCGUGCGGCACAAAACAUGUGUAAAAAAUAAUUAAUUUCUGGCACAACAAAAUUAAAGGAUAAUUAAAAAUAAGAUAAAAAAAAACACAUCGCCAAACAUGAAGUUCGCAAUUUGUGCUAAAAGUCCCAAAGAACGCAAACGCCAUGUGGACAAUUUGUGUUGGUUUGUGUGCGAGGUGCUCGGUACAGCAAUGCUGAUGUUUCUCGGCUGUAUGGGUUGCAUUGAAUCGGACAUUUUUCCCAGCAACAAUCUGACGAGAUCCCUCAACUUUGGUCUGGUCGUUCUCAUUAUCAUUCAAUGUUUUGGUUGCUGUUCGGGAGCACAUCUGAAUCCUGCCGUCAGCUUGGCUGCCUAUAUUUACGAUCUAAUAUCGCUGCCAAUGGCUUGUGCCUAUGUAAUAGCACAAAUUGUGGGAGCUUACUGUGGCUAUGGCCUUUUGAAAUUAUUUUUACCCGAAAAUCUGGUAUUUGUACCGGGCAAUGACACAGGCCUGUGUAUGACAUCCGUUCACAAGGAUAUCGACAAUUGGCAGGCAUUGGGUAUUGAGUUUUGUAUAACUACGACGCUGAUAUUUGUUUGCUGUGGUGUCUGGGAUCCGCGAAACAAGAGUCAUCAAGAUUCAGUGGCCAUACGUUUCGGUUUGGCAGUGGCAUGUCUGUCGAUAACAGCGGGCCCCAUCACCGGCGCCAGCAUGAAUCCUGCCCGUUCAUUGGCUCCCGCAUUAUGGCACAACGAUUUUCGUAAUCACUGGGUAUACUGGGUUGGACCUCUGGCUGCAGCAUUUGUUGCUGCCAAUGUCUACAAACUUGUGUUCCGGCGUGAGGUCGAGGAAGAAUGUGAAAAAACUCCAGCGAAAAUGAAUGAGGUUCAAUGCUCUUGAACGAUGUUGCUAGCCCAUCUUAUAAUAAACGAAUGCACGUUUUGAAUUUUAAUACGGAUGUAUUUCUUAAGUAUUAUUGUAAAAAGAAAUCAAU